UGAAUAGUGUUUGACAGUUGUUUUCCUCAAGGAAGCUUCAAGAUUUUUUCACAUGCCAAUUUUUGUUCGGAAGAAGGAUAAGUUUUGUUUUCCAGUCCAUUCGGGACUCGCUUGUGCUGCAUUUUAAUGCUUUCCUCUCAACUAGGAAAUGGACGAAGAUGAACGGCAGAGGAAAUUAGAGGCUGGGCGAGCGAAGCCCUUAUAAUCCCACUGCCGAAGUCGUCUAACAUGCCACGGAAGCAGUCGCUUGCUAUCUUCCGACAGAAGCGGGCGAAGAGCAACGGUGCGGGGGCGGAGAAAAAGGCGGCGAAGAGGUCGGGCCCUGCUGUCGCGCAGGAUGACGGUUCGACGCAAGACGGCCACGUAGAGCCGCUGCCGGUCAAUCACAAAGAGCCGGACGGGAACUCCGUCCAAGAGAAUGCGUUGAACCUCAACAAAGUGGAGAUUCAAAGAGAUGCGCUCCUUAACACAGAGGCGAGCAUUUCCCCCAUCGGCGAACUGGCGGAGGAGGAGCUGGCCGCGCUCACCAGUCAAGAACAGCAGCAGCAGUUGGAGCGGGCCGUGGUGAAGAGCAAUGACAUCAUUGCCAAGCUCAGCUUCAACUUGCAGGAGGCCCGAGCUAGUCAAGGCGAGGAAGUGCAGUCCCUGACCUGCCAGAUCCAAGCCCUACAGAAACAGCUCCAACAGCUGCAGACUAGCGCUGGCUUUCAACGCUUAAAAAAUCAACCUGGAGCGGAAGUCUACAACCGAGCUAAGCAGCAGCGACGACGCGACUCGCAAAAUGAGGACCUCAGCACGGAAGACGCGUCGACGGAGCAGUCGGGGAGCGUGGGGCUCGUCUCCCGGACCAGCGCCGAUGGCUUCAGCACCGACAGCGAGACUGAGGCAGACCCUGUUCUGUCUGAGCUGAAAGCGAAGCUGCGAGAGGAGAAGGACAAUUGCCUGCGCCUGCGUUCUGAGCUGGAGAAGGAGAAGGAGAAUCACCAACAUGUGCUUUCAUUACUGGAGGAUGAAAGGAACGACCUGCAGACACAGCUGAGCAGAGUUCGGAGUGAGUGCCUUGAGGAGAAGGAGGUGCUCAACAGAGAGCUGCUGGAUCUGAGGAAAGAGUCGCAGAGGAGAUGGUGCGAGGAGGAAUCCGUCUUCGCCCGCCGUCUCGAGGACGAGCGACUAAAUCAGGAGGAGGCCGUGAGGAAGUUGAAAGAGGAGCACAGAGGAGAGCUGGAGAGAAUCAACCGGCUGUUGGAGGAGACCGCUGAAGAAGUCUCACGACUGAAAGCCUCCAAGAACCUCGAGAACCAAGCCAAAGCCGAUUUUAGUUUCCCUGAGAUAACCGGCGCCAAUGGCAGCAGGGGUGAAACGGGACCUGCCCAGGACGACGUGAAUGUCGGGGUACCGGGGGACAUUCUAAUAGAGCGCUACUUUGCACAAUCUUCAAUGAAUCAUGUUGGAUCUUGCAGUGAGCUGGACUUCUCUUCAGACCAAAGCGAGUUUAACAGCGACGCUUUCCACGACCAACCUCUGCUGUCCAUCUCCAACUGUCCCCCCAAAGAGGACUCGGAUGUCCACGAGGGUUCCUCCGUGGACGGCAGCUCAAACACCCCGUGGCUCAACAACUCCGUGUUCGAACCCGAGGAGACGAGCGCCGUUUCUGAUCAGCUUUUCAGAGAGACGGACCUCGCCAAAGAGCUGCUCAACCAGCAGUGCGGCGAGCUACGUCAGGAACUGUCUGCGAAGGACCGUGACUUGAAUGUGUUGCGAGAGGAAGUCUGUAAGACAGCUGAAGAGCUGGAGGAGGCUCGGAGCAGAUGGGCUCAAGUUACAGAGGAACUCUUGCAAGCCCAAAGGGAGCUCGAGGAGGAGAAGGAGUGGAGGAGAUGCGCCGAGGAGGAGAUGAACUUGAAAAGUCUGGAGCAAGACGGCCUUAAGAACAAACUAGCUGCCUUAUUAGAUGGAAAGGCAGCGGAAAUCUCAUCUGAAACUUCCACGCUGGUCCUUUCAAUGGAGGAGGAUAAACCGUCCGAGGAGCUUAACGAGAAAAGUCAGAAUCUUAUAACGUCACAUCAAGACCAGCAGGAGAUGCCGGAAGUGUCUCUACAGGAGAUUAAACCGACUGUGAAUGGUACUUUAGAUAACAACCAUUUGCAAACACCGCAGGCCAAUGAUGAUGAAGUCAUAUUAGAGCUAGAAGAGACUAAAAGGGGGAAACAACCCACAUCUACCUUGCUGGAUGAAAGGACUGCGGUGAUGGAGCGAAUGGCGGAGGAGCUCCAUUGCACACGUGCCCAGCUACGAGGCGUCCAAAUGGAAGUAGAAAGCCUACAGUUAGAACUGGAAAAGAAGCAGAGCAGUUUGGAAAGUGCUGAGAAACUAAGGAGGGAACUGGAAGCUGAGAUUGUCAACCUGGAGGAGGCCCAAGCCCUGGCGGUGCAGGAGAAAGACAGACACCGGAGCAUAGAAGAGGCGAUAGGUGAACAGAUGAAGAAAAUGGAAGAGGUCCUCAAGGAGGAAAUUGAACGGUUUAAGAACCUGGUACAAGCUAAGGAUGCAGAGUUGGGUGAAGAGCGAGAGAAAUGGGAGGACGAGAGACGGGAGAAGGACAAAGAAGUUGAAGAUGUGAGGGAAAUCCUCGAAGAGCUCAGGAUGGAGCGGGAUGAGGAGGUCAAGGGCCUGAUGGAGAGGCAGGUCUUGGCUGUGAGGGAGGCUACAGAGAGACUACAGGCAUCUCACCAGCGAGAGGUGGCGGAGGUCCUGGAUCAACAUCAACGAGAGAUUUCCGAAUUGAACAGCCGUAUGGAAACUGAGCUCCUGGCGCAGAGAGCGGCCAUGGAGCAGGAACAGAAGCGACAGAUCAGCCUCAUCAAACAGGUGACUGAACGUGAGCAUGAGCGGAUGGUGUUGGAACUGAAGGAAAAUCAUGAGGUGGAGCUUAGUAGGCUGAAGACGGAGGUCACCAUGGAGGUCACAGAGUGUCUGGAGGCGGCUCACCAGGUUGAAAUAGAACAGGCGCAGGCCCAGAAGAACCGCGAGCUUGAAGCCUUGCGCCUGAGCCUGAUAUACCUCCACACCUCCCAGCUUGAAGUUUCUCAGGACUCCACUCUCGUAGAGGGUCAGGCCUCCCUGCGGGACCAGCACCAGCUGGAACUGGACCGCAUCAGAGAGCAGAAUGAGGCACAGCUCGAGCGACUGCGUGAGUCGCAUCAACGUGACGUGGAGGAGUUGAAGCAGAAGUUUGCUGACGAGAAAGGUUCUAUGGAGGAGAAGCAGACCAAAGAUAUACAUGUUCUAAGAUCUGAGUGGGCGGCUGACGCUGAAACAACCCAGUCGACGUUCCAGGGAAGCCUUGCCAGCACCUGGGCAGAGCUCGCCGAAACACAGGCCUCCCUCGCCCAGUCCAACGCAGCUUUAAUCGAAGCCAAGGAAUCUUUGUCGCACGCUCAGACGGAGCUGGAAGAGUCAAAAGCGCGUCUGGAGAGCUUCAAGAUUGCCACUCAGAAGCAGAAGCAGAAACUGGAGGAGGAAUUGAAGCAAUCCUGGGCUGACGGGAAUGCUGCUCCCUGUUCUCUGGAGGAGCUGGUGUCCAGCCACAAGGCUUUGCUUCAGGAGCGAGAGCAGCAAGUGCGGCAACUAGAGGAGAAGCAGUGCCAGCUGCAGGAAGAGCAGGUGUCACAGCUGCAGAAGGAGAAAGAGCUGCUGAAGAAGAGCUCGCAGCAGGAAGUAGGCCAGUUGUGGACUCAGCUGGAGAGUAUGAGAGCCAGUCGUCAAGAGCUGGGAGAGCUGAAGGAGCAGCUGUUGGCUCGCUCGUCCCGUGUGGACGUCAUCGAGCGCCUCAAAGCUGAAUUUAAUGAACAAAAGCGUGAAAUCAAAGAGCAGAACGAGGCUGAGCUGGAAAGCCUGAGGAGGUACUUUGAGCAGCGGCUGCACAUGUCUGAGGAGAGCUCCAGAGAGCAAAUUGCCCUGCUGCAGCUGAAACUAGUGGAAAGUGCUUUGGAGGAAUCUGUGCUUAAAACCACAGAUCACAGUUUCGUGUCGCAAGAUCUGACCGAAGAGACGGAUGGCGUGCAAUGUGACACAAGCCUGAAAGUGGAUAAACAAAAGGAAGUGCUUUACACCCAAAUGGAAGACAAACAUAAAAUGGACCUCAGUGACCUACAAUCAUCCUUUCAGGAAGAACUGCAUCAGGUGCGUUCAGAUCUCGCAGACCAUUACUACAAUGAGCUGCAGGAGAUGAAGACUCGCCAUUCCCUUGAUCUUGAGCAUCUCCGAGCCAAACUUUCUGACCGUCAUUUACAAGAGAUCACUCGUGUGCACAUGGAGGCAGCAAGACAAGUCGAGGUUGAGGUGGAACUGCGCUUAUGGUGUUGCACCGAGGAGCGGCACACCAGCUUGACCCUCAUUCACACCUUGGAGAAGACACUGGCUGAAAUGAACAAACUUAAUGCAGAGCUGCAUAACGCCACAGAAAAGAUGAAAAAGGAGUUUGACGAGGAGCGUAUCGGUCUCAAAGAGGCGCUGUUCCAACAAGCCGAGGAGGAAAUGAGGAGGAUGAAAGCGGAGCACGAAGCUGAAAUCGCUGCCAUCAAGACUGAGAUGGACAAUGAGAAGGCACACUUGCAAAAUGCUCUCUUGGAGGAGAGGGAAAAUCCCCUGAAAAAUGAAUGCUCUCAGACUCUAAAAGCAAGGUACGAUGUGGAGCUGCAACGUGAGAAGAGGAGCAUGGCAAAGGAAAUGAAAGAGCUUACGGUUCUACUCCAACAGCAGGCCGAGGAGCAACUAAAACGAGCCCAAGACAGAUUCGAGGAAGAAAAAUUUGUGCUGGAGCGGUGUUUGUCUCAAAGAAUUGAAAUCUCUCUGGCGGAGCUGCAGCACAAACAUGACACUGAGCUGGAACAGGAGCGAGCGGCCCUCAUGGACAAACACGCCAAAGAGACGGACUCGCUCAACGCUGAACACAAAGCGCAACUGGUUGCGCUCGGCACCAGGCACGGGGAACAGCUCGCGGCUCUGACUGCCAAACUGCAGUCGGAGUACAAAGCGCAGCUUUUCGCCUUGGAAGUGGACCUCACUUCCAAACGCGAGGAGGCCCUGCAAGCCCUGGAGGAUUUGUUUCAAGAAACAAGUCAGGCCCAGCUGGAGGCUCGAGAAGCGGAGCUGGCUCGGAAACACCAGGAAGAGAUGGAUGAAAUUGAAAAGAGGAUGCUCAGUAAUAUGGACACCUUGGAAGCCACGUACCUGAAGGAAGUCCACGCACUGCGUGAUGAAAUAGUUCACCUGGAACAGAGGCACCACCAAGAACUCACCGGUGAAAAGGCGGAGCAUCAGCACGUGGUGGAGCGUCACGUCGCGGAGAAAGAGGCUCUCAGGGAGGAGCUGCGACAGGAGCUCGCUCAGAUCCACAUGGACAAGUUCCGGGCCAUGGCUGCCGAGCUCAGCCUCCUUCAUCAGACUGAACUGUCUGCUCAAAAAGAGUCACUGGAUGCUGAACACUGCAAAGCUCUCGGUACCCUGAAGGCACAGGUUCUAGAACUGGAACAGCAACACAGUACUGCACUUCAGGAGCUCACAGAGGCUUACACGUCUGAGAAAGAACACCUCCAACAACAGCACCAACUUCAGCUACAGGAGCUUAAAGGAGUGUCUGCGCGGGAACUGGAGCAAUGUCGCCAGGAGCUUGAAGCGUUGUCGUCAAUUCAACGCCAACGCUUCCUGGAGGAGGCGGAGCUCCUUAAAGUGCAGUCUGGGAAGAAGCUGCAUGACCAGAUUCAUCACAUGAAGGCUGAGAAGGAGGCGGAGCUUGAGGACCUGCGCCGGGCUUUGGUGUCAGAACAGGAAGAGAAGGAGCGCAUCUACACCGGCAAAAUGAGCCAGCUCACCGCUCAAGUGCAGCAGCUAGACGCUGUUGUAGCCCAGCUGCGAGCAGAGGUUGGUUGUCUACAAGCUGAGUUGGAGGGCAAGUGUGCUGAGAUGGAGACCCUGGACACAAUCCUCCAAAGACGGGAGCGUGAGAGUCAGGAGGGAGGCAACCAUCUCAAAAUGCUCACCAAUGACUUGCAGACCGCCAAAGAGGAGAGACGUAAACUGCAUAAGGCCAACAAGAAGAUGAAAAAUGUGCUGAUUGAGAUGCUCCGCAGCACGAUUGCUACAGAAGAGCUCAUCGGCCAAAAGGUUAACACCAGAAGCAACACGUCUGAGGAAGAAGUCCAUCAGACAAACUCAUCGGAGAAUAAAGAUGCACAAGAAUCAGUUGCAGAUGUGACUCCAUCUGAGGACUUGGAGCUGACCCACCAGCUCUGCGAGAGUCUACUGGUCUCAGACAUGCACAUUAAUCCCGGAGGAGAGGAAGCAGCCAUGAGCGCCUGCAGCCGACUGCACCACACAGUGGAUAAGCUCCUGGAGCUGCUUAAUCAUGCCAACGCACAGCUGGAGAAGACUCAUAAUGUUCACUUGUCUCUGGAGGAGAGGUACUCUCAAGGCAAAGAGGAUUCUGCCCAACUCCUCAAGGAGCACAAUCUCUUGUUGGUGCAGUUUGACCAGGAAGUCAAGUUGAAGAGUGAGCUGGAGCUGGAACUCCACAAGGCUGAGGGUCUGGUGGAGGGUUAUGUGGCCGACAAGGCAGCACUGGAGGAGGCCCUGCUUCAGAAGGAGGCUCAGGAGGAGCGCUUAGUGGAGGAGCUGGAGGACCUCCGGCGGAAAGCGCACCGAACGGAGGGCCUCCGCGCUGAGCUGGAAAACCUUCAAGCCAAACACCAGGAGCUGAGCGAGGAGCACGCCACGCUCCUGCGCCAGAAGGAGUACCUCUCUGCCGGCCUCGGGGAGACGGAAAAAGGUCUGCUGGCAGAGACGGAGCGCUUGACCCAGGACCGGCUGGACCUGCAGAGACAGGCCAAGAAGGACCACAGCUCUCUGUCGCAGCGCCUCCGGGCCCUGGAGAGGGAGCUGGAGGAGCAGGAGAUCAAGAGCCAGGAGAAGGAGCUACACCACAAGAACCACGCAGAUGACCUCUGCCAGCGGGUGCAAGCGCUGGAGAAACAGCUCAAGCACAAUCGGCACUUCAUAGAGGAACAAACUGUCGAGCGUGAGCACGAGCGAGACGAGUUCCAACAGGAGAUCAGGCGGCUGGAGAGUCAGCUCAGGCAGACUGCUGGCGGUGACAUCAAAGGCCACAAGUUUGAGGACUUGGUUCUGCAGGUGGAGAGUCUGCAAGCAGCCAUCAAAGGCAAGCUGGACGACAACGCGUCCUUGGUGGAGGCCAACCAGCAGGCGCAGCAAGAGCUCGCCGAGCACAACGAGGAGAUCGAGAAGAUGUCCGUGAGAAUCCGUGAGCUGGAGCAAGCGUUGCUUAGUAGUGCUGAGCGUAACAGACAACUGGAACAAGAACUCCACCGGGCCAAAUUCAGGGAGGAUGAGCUCACACAAGAUAAGCAAGCCCUGGAACAGCAGCACUUGUCCAACAGGCUUCAGAUAUCGGCACUGCAGUCCAGACUGGAUGAGACGAGACACUGUUAUCAUGAAGAAAUGCAGGAACCCAUCCAGGAGCUCAGGGAUGCUCUGGACGCAGCGCAGCAAAGCCUGCAGCACAAGCAACAAGAGGCGGAAGUUCUUCUGGGCCAACUGGACAAUGUGCAGAGGGACUUGAGCAUUAAGGAAGCGGAGCUGAAACACCUCACACUCCAGCUGGAGCGACUCACUUGUGAGAAUGCAUCACUCGUCGAGCAGAUCGAGACCCUCAAGGAGCAAGUGUCAUCUCUAAACAUUCUGGCAGAGGAAAAAGAGGUACUAAAGAAGGUGGAAGAGCCAGAGGAGGAGAGCCUCUCCUCUGCCUUGCUUCAGGAGAAGAACCAGGAAAUUGACCACCUCAACACUGAGAUCCAAAGGCUGGAACAGGAGCUGGGGGACACCAACAAUAAGGAUCUCCAGGCCGAGCUUUACGACUUGAGCUCGCAAGUGGAGCAUCUUCAGUCCGAAAUUGCGAGGUUGCGCCAGGACAGGAAGGAAGAGGAGGAGCGCCUCCACGAAGUCAUCAGCACGCUGCAGGCAGAGCUCUCCAAGCUCGGGCCCAAUGUGUACGAGGUGAGCGACUCACAGGACGGCGACAGCAUCAAUCCCUCGCCAUCUCCCAGCCCCGAGCCUCGAGGCGGGCCCAGCAGUCUGAAGCACGAGCUCAGCCUGACUCACUCGGCCUCCUCUCGGCCGCUCCGCACGCGCCUCAAGGCCCUCCAGAGUCAGCUGGAGACGGCGGUGGCAGAGAAGGAGGGCUUGGAGCGUUUGCUGCUCACCCAGGAGGAGGAGUACAGAGGGCACGGCGAAGAGUUUGGACGACGGCUGAAAGUGGAGAGGGAGAAAGCAGACAAGAUCCAAGGCCUCCUCAAUCUCAAAGAAGCUGAGCUGGUGGGCAUCGAGGAGGAGAAGAGUGCUUUCAGACUACGAGCGCAGCAGGUGGAUGUUAUGCAAAAAGAAAAAGAGCAUCUCGCCUCUGUGGUUACUCAACUUCAGCAGAAAGAACAUGAAUUAUUGAGAGAAAAUGAAGGUCUAAAAAUCAGAGAACAGGAAAUGAGGACUGACAGCAUAACUCUGGAAGCACAAAUCCAAAGACUGCAAGCCAAAGUGGCAGACACAGAGGAUGCCGUCGCCCAGGGGCAGGCGAGGGUGAAUGCACUCGAGACUGUCAAGGUGGAGCUGUCUGACGAACGAGAGGCGCUCAGGCGGAGGGAGGGGCAACUCCAGGAAGAAAUUGAAAGGCUCAGGCAAGAAGCCGCUGCGCUGAGGACCCGUGCUGAAGAGCUCACCGCUCAGCUCCUGCAAAAGCAGAGUAGUCAAGAUGAUGCUCAGAAGGAAGUGCUGAACCACGCUGAGGAGACCCUGGCUAAAGCCGAUGCCGCCGUAAGGUUGAGGGAGACGAAGCUGACCAGACUGGAGGCAGAGCAUCAGGCCCUGAGGGGGGAGUUGACCACUGUGAAACAAGACUUGCACAGCAGCACUCAAAGAGCUGAAAAACUAUGUGAAGAAGGACAGAGCAAAGACCGUGCUCUGGCGGACCUGGGGAGCGACAACCACUGGCUGAAAGUGGAGCUCGUACGCCUGCAGGAGGAGCUGAAAGUGCGGGAGGAGACUCUUUCCUACCAGCGCAGAGAGCCGCAGCAAAUCAGGCCGCGCAGUCUCCAACCGGAAAUGCUUGGUCGCCACAAAGCGAGCUCGCACAGGGAUGUUUCUCAGAGGGCUUUUGAAGACCUGGUGAGCAUCUACCGUGACAACACCUCUCUGAGCUCCCCGGAGGUGCUGCGACACCUGGAUUGCUCCGAAGAGCUCCUCCAGGAACAGCGCCACGCCUCGACUCUGGGGUCUCGUCUGUCUGAGCUGAGCGCACAGGAGCUAGACCACCCUCGAUUCAACGAGUCCCCCGGGGUGGCAAUGGACCCUCCGCUCUCCAGGACCAUAACUCCAGACCCGACCUCACAGAGCAGCCACUCCCCGCGGUCUCUCUCCGUCUCGGACAACUUCUCUGUUGUGGACUCAGUCAGUGCAGAUAAAGUGUAUGAUUUGGAAGGACUUGACCUAACAGCACCCCCAUCAUCACUCGGCUCCACCUCUUCCUUGUCAGCACCGGAAUGGGCCAGCGACGGCUACGGCAGCAACGUGAGUUCAGAGCUCGGCGCGAGGCUGCGAGUGGAGCUGGACCAGACUGAGAGGCUGGACGCUCAGUUUGUCGAGUAUCUCCGCUGCCGAGGCAUGAACCCCACCGCUAACACGGAUAGCGCUGCAGGCAGCAUGAGCUACAGCGAUGACCUCUUGUCUCCAGAGCUUCAGGCCCUUUUGAGGAAAGUGUACCAAGAAAGCUGUAGAAUACUGACCUUGUCCCAACGUCGCGCCCCGUCGUCGUUCCAUCCGAUGCAUGCGGCGGAAUUAAACUCACUCUCACAGCCCCAGGAGGAAGAGGUUCCCACUUUACUGGACGAGGGGGAUAAGCCAUGCUCCAGCCCACCCAUGGGAUGGCAGCAAGAGAAAAGAGCCCUGCAGAAGACGGUCAUUGCGCUGCGUGAGCUGCUAUGUCAAAUGGCGAACAGACGUACACGUACUGAGUCCAGAGGCGACGCCGACAUAGACCUGCUAAAUGUGGAAUCUCAAACAAGAGCAGAGCUGGAGGAGAGCCAAAAGCAGCUGAAAUGUUCGCACGAGACUCAGCAAGAGCAAAAGAACAAAAUACAAGCACUCAGAGUGACUAUAGAAGAGUGCGAGGAAACUUUGACGAAGGAACGGUUGCUGGUCCAGGAGCUUCAACAACAGCUGGAACAAGAACGAGCUCUCAAUAUCCGGCAAGGGAGAGAGAUGGAGCAAAGACUGGAAAUUAUGCGAGCGACGUCCGAGCAGCGGCGGUCCGAGAUACUGGCCCUCCAGGGUCUUGUGGAGCAGGAGACUGUGACGUGCAGCAACCUGAGACGUGAGCUCCAGAUCGAGCAGUCCCGCAGUGUUCUGCUGGAGAAGCGUUUGGACGACUCGCAGAAGAAGCUGGAAGACGAGCGGCAGCACUCGGCCGACCAGCGCCAGGAGAUCACCCGGCUAGGACACCUCUUGACCCAGUCAGAAUCCCGCGUGUCUGAAAUCCGUUCCAAGCUCGCGGACGCCCAAUUGACGUUGGACGAAGAGAGAGAUCGCAGCGCCAAACAACUGGACGAGACCCGCCGCAGACACGAAGCCGACGCAGCCCGGGACAGGAAGUUAAUCGCCGAUGCGCGCUCGCAGCUGGAUGAGGAGCAAAGGCGAGGGGAAGAACUGGCGGCCUCGCUGGAGAAACUGAAAGCGCAGGUCGUGCAGUACCAGAGGAUGCAGGACGAGGACAAGAGCCAGGAGGAGGCCUUGAGGGAGCAGAAAAGAAAGGUUGAAUGCACUUUGGAGAGACAAGCCGUGGAGCUUAGCCAGCUGAAAGAGAAGAUACGACUGCUGAAGGACAAGGAGAGGGAGCGGGAGGAGCAGUGGGAAACGGAGCGCAGGAAAGCCUACCAGGAGCAGAUGGAAAGGGAGAUACGGCAGGAGAAAACCAACAACAACCUGCGAGAUUUAGAGCUGCUGAGACAGCAGGACAGGCAACGUACGGAGGAGCUGGAGCGCACUUUGGCCGAGCUCCAAAGAGAGAAGCGGGACAUGUCCGCUCAAAGGAUGUCGGGACAGAGCGGCCAAUACUGCCAUACAGACGGCGCCAACGCCGGUGCCCGGGGCUCGCAACAGACCCAGCAGAUCCCGCCCACUUCCUCAUCCACCCUGCUGGAGAAGCUGCAGAGCGACAACGCAGAGUUGACACGUAGUGUGACGUCGCUGCGCCUAGAGCGGACAUCUUUAAAACAGAAAAUCACCUGCUUGGAGCGCCAGCUGCAACGUGCCGAGCACGAGCUUGCCAAAGUGGCCACGGAGAGUGAAAAUAUACCCGUCAACGGAAUGACCCCCAACCACAAGGUGCAACGUUUAUAUGUUCGCUACUUACGUGCGGAGAGUUUCCGGAAAGCUCUGGUGUACCAGAAACGCUACCUGCUUCUGCUUCUGGGAGAAUUCAGGGAAUGCGAGCAGGCCACCCUGUGCAUGCUCGCCACCAUGGGGGCACGGCCGUCGCCGCCGCCGCCCUCGUCACGCACGCCCCUCAGAAAAUUUAGGUCGGCGGUCCGGGUGGUCAUUGCCAUUUCGAGAAUGAAGUUCCUAAACAGGAAGUGGCAGAAAGCGUGCGGGACACCGAGUAACCACGCUCCAGGGUCGAAAGUUGAGGUAUUAAGAGAGCAGCAGCAGCAGCAGCAGCAGCCUCGGUUGAAUUCCGAGUCCCUCCCAAACAGAGACGCGGUGUCUGCUUUUGUUCCGUCCAGCAAAUACCCCUUCAAGCUGUACAACAGGUCCUGUUCCAACUCAACUUUGGCCUCUGCAGCGACAUCCCAAGAACCAGAAAAAUCCUUGACCGAAUACAUCCACCAUCUGGAGAAGGUCCAGCAGCGAUUGAUCGGGACCAUGCCAGGUCCCUCAGUUGUCCAGCAUGACCCCAAGAAGUGUGACCAUUGACGUCUCCCGUGUUUGCAGCCUUCUGUGCCUUACAUUGACAAAAAAAGAAUCACGUUUUUUACAUUUAUGGUAUAUGGUCUUGUUAUGGUGGUUAUUUGUUUUUAGCUUUUUUUAUAUAUUUUUUAUUGAUCUGUUUUGAUCAGGGUUUUUUUUUUUUAAUUCAUUUUUCUCAUUUUAAUUGCAUUUUUUUACUCAUGUUGUACAUCACCACAUGUGCUACUUUUUUGUUGCAUAAAAAAUUUGAGCUGUUCAGCUCAUUGUACAUUGUUCUAUUUUGGAUUAUCAAUGUUUCUACUGCUGUUAUAAUAAAUAUUUUUUAAA